AUGUCAAUCACAAAGGAGGUGAAGGCUAGUGACGCAACAGCACAAAAAAUGUUCAGCAAUGGGACACUAGUUGAGGUUAGCAGUGAUGAUGAUGGUUUUGAAGGUGCCUGGUUUGCUGCAACUAUUGUUAAAGCAGUGGGAAAGGACAAGUUCCGCGUUCAGUACCAGAGCCUGAGGACUGAUGAUGAUUCAGGCUUUCUGAGAGAAGAGUUUGAUACCCUGCAUAUUAGGCCAUGUCCACCAGAAACUCUUGUUGUUGAUCGUUUCAGUCUUUUUGAAGAAGUCGAUGCUUUGUACAAUGAUGGGUGGUGGGUGGGUGUGAUUUCUAAGGUUCUUGGUGGCUCAAAAUACUUGGUUUACUUUAGGGACACAGAUGAGGAAAUAGAGUUUAAGCAUUCUGACUUAAGGCCACAUCAUGACUGGAUUGAUGGAAAAUGGAUUAUGGCUUCCCAGGCUCUGAUGAAGUUGCUUUACUUGUGAUUGCUUGAGAAAUCAACAAGGCAUCCCUUGUGUACCAGGAGAGAUUGCAUUACAUCUGAAGGACUCUGCUUCUUGUAGCAGUGGAAGUCGACUGAUGAUUUUUUGAUAAACAAAUUGCAAUUUUUAGUAGUCAUUUCAACUUGGUAACCUAUCAUAGGCAUUCUCAACGAUUUGUUUAGACUUUACCAAUUAAUUGGAAGCAUAGUUUGACUUUAUGAUCCAAAGCAAAAGGCUAAUGAUGUA